AAAUUUGAUAAGUUGGACUCGUAGUCCAUAUCUUGUUUUACUUUUAGUCAAGAACUAGGUCAAUCAACUGAAGUCUAGAUUUAGAUCUAAAAGGCCUUGGAUUUAGGCUUCUAUAUCAACUAGAUCUAUCUCAGCAUCUGGCCCUGCCCCUGGAAAUAGUUUAAUAGUCUAGACUAGAGUAGAGUAUUCUAGAGAUAGAGUCUAGUAUAGGAGAGUGUUAGAUCUAAUUUAUUAUUAUUUGAAUGAUUAUAAUAAUUCCCCUGUUUUGGAUUUUUUGAUUAUUUUCAAAAUUUUGUGAUCAUUGUCACUAAUUCAGUGUCAGUAAUUCACAGUAAAUUACUCAGUAAUUGUGACUUAUCAUCUAAUGACUAAUCAUAAUGAUUAUGAUUAAAAUGUCGCGGUCUAAUUUCUAAUGGAAGAGACGAGUAACUCAUAAGAGUCAAUUGUGCAUGUUUGUCUUAUAAAGAAUAAACAAGUUGACCAAGAAGAACACUGUUUGAAAAUGUCACAGAUAAAAUUUACAAGAACAGAAUCCCACAAAACUGCUGUAUUUUUUAUUACAUUUUUUAGCUAUGCUUUCUUCCAUGCCAACAGAAAAGCUUUCAGCAAUGUCAAAAGUUCUGCCGCUGAAGUGUGGACUCCUCACAACUUGACAGACAGGAUUCUUGAACCUAGAGAUUUGUGGUACUCCCAUGAUAUGUUUGAUUCCAAUGAGGAUGCUGUGAAGUUUGAAGGUAUUUUGGAUACAGCUUUCAUGUUGGCCUAUGCUGUGGGUCUCUUUCUAAAUGGUUACAUUGGGGACAGAGUCAACAUGCGGAUAUUGUUGUCUGUUGGUAUGGCUGCCACUUCAGUGCUUGUUUUUAUCUUUGGCUGUGUCUGUGAGUGGACGCUGUUCUACAAUAAAUACUUUUAUGUCAUCGUUUGGAUAGUCAAUGGCCUGAUGCAGUCCACGGGUUGGCCAGUUGUAGUCGCAUGCAUGGGAAAUUGGUUUGGACACAGCAGCCGUGGAGUUCUGCUUGGUGUGUGGAGUGCUUGUGCCUCAGUAGGAAACAUUAUUGGAGCCCUUCUGGUUUCUUCUGUGCUGUCCUAUGGAUACCAGUAUGCAUUUAUGGUAACAUCAACAGUUUUACUGGCUGGCUCUUUUGUUGUUUUUGUUGGCUUAAUACCCUCCCCUGCAGAUGUAGGCUUAGAUCCUCCUCCUUCUGAAGAUAUAGCAAAACAUGGAUCUGUCAAUACUGUAGCUGAAGACACAGUCCACCAUGUAGUUGAGUGUAAGAUGGCCAAUGAAAAGAUUUUUAUCGUCAGUGUAACACAGAAUAAAGCGCCUUUGCUCAACGGUCCCCCAGUAGAGUCCAGCCAUUACACAUCUGAGGAUGAAAGAGAUGUUGUCUAUGAUGUGCAGGCGGUAAAACCGACGUCCAUGUCAUUUCUGAAGGCCUGUCUCCUGCCUGGAGUUAUCCCUUACUCUUUGGCCUAUGCUUUUCUAAAGCUCGUCAACUACUCCUUUUUCUUUUGGCUGCCUUUUUAUUUGAGUAAUUCAUUCCACUGGGACGAAAGUACAUCUGACCAACUGUCUACAGCAUAUGACGUAGCAGGCAUUUUUGGUGGAACAAUUAUUGGAUUUUUUUCUGAUCGCCUGGGUAAACGAACCAUCAUGAUAGUUCCAAUGUUGCUGCUGUCCAUUCCAUCACUUUUACUUUACAGCUACUCACCCAAUGAUCGCACAAUUAAUGUGGUUAUAAUGUCACUUAUUGGAUUUUUGAUUGGUGGAGCAGCCAACUUGAUUAGCUCAGCAGUCUCAGCUGACUUGGGAUGUCAGAAAGCUAUACAGGGUGAUGACAAAGCCCUAGCCACUGUCACUGGUGUCAUUGAUGGCACUGGAAGUUUUGGUGCUGCUCUGGGUCAGAUUGCUGUCCCAUAUUUACAGUCUGGACUUGGCUGGCAUUCUGUCUUCUACCUCUUUAUGAUAUGCAUGUUUCUGACUGCAGUCUGCUUGUUCCCACUCUUCUUAAAGGAAAUCCGCAGUUUAAGAUGCGGCUGUUGUAGAAGAAGACGGUCGGUCAGUUUACAGUAGCACAAGGCCCAUAGAAGUACAGCCCACUCCAUCCUUCAGCCCACAACUGAGUUGAACCAGUUGGGACAAGUUUUAGUCUUUCAGUUUUAUGACCAUUUUGUCUUGUGUUAAGUACCUAUACAUUUUGUCCAUCAGUCUGCGAUUUCAUUGUGUAAAUAUAAAAUAUAUAUCUUUAAAUGUAUACUUUUUUAUUUCUCUAGCACAAAUUGAUUGUAGCUACUUGUUGUAAAUAAGAAUGUAAAUAAGUUAUCUUAGCUUAAGCUAUUUUUAAUUAGUGCUACAAAGUCAGGGAUGAAGUUAAUUAUAUGUCCUGAUAUUUUUUUCCUUUGCUAACCUGAUCCAACCCCCCACCACGACGACGUAGGUAUAGGAUAUCACAAACUGUAAAAUAUUUUAUAUAAAUCAUGACCAAAAAAAAGGAUACUAUUUUGUCUUUCACUGUUUAUAGUGUUUUUUAGCCUUUUUAAUAGUUUUUAUACAUUUUUAAAAAAUUAACUCUUGCGCUGAGGUGGGCUUUAAUGUGUAGCUUCACAUGGUCAGGAAACAAAUUAUGUAACUAUUUUACUUCAUAGUAACACACAUUUUUUACUGUCUUGUAAUUCUUAAGAAAUUCAAUCCAUUUUUAGUGCUAGAUAUGAAUAUUUUUGUACCCUGGGACUUGAUACUUAAUUUUGCAUCAGUUUCAGUUGAUAGAAAGAAUAAGUUAACGUUUGAUGACUUGUCAUCGUAGAUUUGUACAUUGGCGGCUUAAUACAUUUAUCUUGAGCAAAUUUAUUGAGUGGGACACAUACACAUACACAGAGCACUGGCCCACCAAGUUAUUUAAAAGUUUUAUGUUUAGCAAGGGUAAUCAUUUUUAUAUGCUUUUUAAUAUGCUUAUGUUGAUGAAACUUUUAAAAUGUAUUUUUUUUUAGAUAGAUUUAUACUUCUUUGUUAUGUGAUGAAAACAUAGUAUACCACAAGUAUAAAUAUUUUUAAAAAUGGGUAUGAAUAGUUUUAAAAUAGGUUUCAAUAGUUUGAAUAGUUAAUAAAAGGUUGAUGAGUAAACAGUUCUAUUGAUGCUUACAUUUUUUCCUCUAUGUCUUACAAGCCUAUUUCCUUUUUCUAUAUGUCUCACAGGGGGGAUGUGGUUGAGUGAUUAAGCGCUUGGCUUCCGUACCUUGGGUCCUGCGUUCAAAUCUCUGUCAAGACUGGGAUUUUGAAUUUCUGGAUUGUUAGGGCACCCCUGAGUCCACCCAACUCUAAUGGGUACCUGACUUUAGUUUGGGGAAAGUAAAGGCGGUUGGUUGUUGUGAUGGACACAUGACACCCUGCUCGCUAACCGUUGGCCAAAGAAAAAGAAGACCAUAACAACACCUGCCCUAUAGACCGAAAGGUCUGAAAGGGGAGCUUUACUUUUUUUUUUUUAUAUGUCUCCUGUAGAUUGUUUAAAAUAAAGAUUUGACAUUUUCUCACCCAAACUGAAAAUAAUCAAAUGACACACCCCCCCCCCUCCCCGCCCCCACACACACUUAAGAAAUAACUAAAAGGAAAGGAAAUCCAUGGCAUGCAAAGUUGACAAUACCUUAGUCACUCCCUAGUAUAACAUUCAUACUUAUCUGCUUGAAUAGUUUGAAUAUUAAGUUUUCUUAUGCAUUCUUAUUUAACUCUGUAUAAAUACAUUUCAAAUUUUUUGAUAUAACCUGACAUUCUUUGAAUGUCAAGUCAAGUUCAUUUAUUCUAUUUUUCUUUUUUUUUUUUUUUACCUUUUAUUUUCAAAGCUUCUAAAUUCAAAUUUUUUUGAUCUAGCUAGAUUUAUUUUUUGCAUUUCGGUAGAGAUAAAAAUUGUAGCUCUAGGAACCAAUUUUUAGUGCAUGUUUUGCAUUGAUUGGUUUAAGAUUUAGUACAACCUCUAGGUUUAGGGUUUUUAUUUCAGUAAGGAUGUAAUUAUGUUUAUAUUUUGACUUAAAUUAUUGGAGGAUUUUAAUGGUUGUUUUUUUAUUCUCACCAUGGUCUGUAGACAGUCACCGUUUUUUUUUUAUCCCUAUAUAUUUGUUACACUGGUGUGGGAUUAAGUGGUUUAUAUUACAUAUGUGAUUUCAUCAUUAUUUCUAGGGUCAUGACACAUCUUUACCAUGGCGGAGCAUGGUGUCAUUAUAGCUAUCGGCUUGUGCUUGGGGUGUUUCAUACUAUUAGAGCAGCUCAGAACAAAGGGAACAUCAUCUGGUGAAAAUUUCAUAUUGAAAUCCUAACUAGAUAUGUUUCAUAGAUAGUAGGGAAUGAACUCUCCAUUUAUAUUUUUUUUAAAGUAUUCUCCUAAGUGUGAUUCUGCUUGUUGCCAGAACUACUUUGAACCUGCUAGAAUAGUAUACUAAUCACUAUAGAUAUAAACAUAAUAAAAUCUAAUUUCUGUAUUGUAUUGCCUGUGUAUGGCUAAGCUUACUUUAACUAAUAGAUUGUAGCAUACACCCGAGGCUCUAUUUUUCAAUUGUUGUGUGAUUCAGCGAAUUAUUUUAGUGCUGUGCACUUAAGUUCAUGCGUAAUAUAAACAGUGAAUGGUUGGAUUGUUUGAGCUUAAAGAAAUAUGCCUUUUUUUUUUUAUUUGUUAAAGGGAGGGUUUAACCAAGACCAUUUGUGUUAGAAGGCCUCAACACUGACCUGUGAUGUCACAGUGAAUCUGUGAACAGUGGAUACUAAGACUGCUUUAUUGAUCCUUACGGAAAUUUGUUGUGAUUACAACAAGCUAUUGGUCUUCACUACCCACAGGUUGCAGCGUUGCAGGCCUGCUAUUAAGAUUGGUCUCGGGUUAAUACCUGAGUAUCAACUGCAAGUAGUGAUUCUAUCAUGAUCUUUAGUUGGUAGUGUUUUUAUAGAAGCUAAUUUUCAGUUGCUUUAAAAAAAUGUAGUUAAUGUUAAGUUAGUGGCAUUGUUCCUUGUUGAUUUCUACUUGAAUUUAAAAAAAAAAAAAAAUUGACUACUUUUUCUUAAAUAGAUCUGGUUUCGUUGUUAGAAGAAAACCAACUGAAAAUAACUCCAAUAGUUUCAUUUAAAGACAUUGCUUCAGCUGUAUAGACAUGGUCACUAACAUUGUAGAUUUAAAUCAUAGGCUUAUAUAAAUAAAUAUAUUUUUUUCACUAUCCUAAGUCAAAAGUUGUUAUUAUUAGAUACUAGAAUUUCUUCUUAAUUCAUCAUGUUCUGCACCUCAUUUCAAUCAAAUUUGAUGAUAAAUAUCUAAGUCCUUAACAUUGAAACUUCCAUAUACAAAAUAGGCAUUCUGUUGUUUCAAAUAGUUUGAGCAUGUAUCAACAGAAAAGAGACACCUUAAUUCCCACCAAUAUCCUGUGUGUGGAUAUUUUAUGGCAAUACAAAGUUUAUAAUAAUACCUGAUCUCUAAGGAUUUUUAAACAACAAUUUCCUUUUUACAGCAUCCUUUAAAUGUUGUACAUUUUGUUGUAUUUAUAUAGACAACAAUUUAAUUUCUACAUUUAACAUUAGAAAAAAAAGAAAAUUGUUUUAAUGGUAAUAAGCUUUGUUUUAAUUCUGGUCAGUAACAUAAUGAAUGCAUUUUGUCCUUUUUGAUCUUAGAAAAUGCCUUAAAAUAAAAAAACAAACAAAAUUGUCUUGCAACAUAACUGGGUACAUUUGACAAUUAAUUGUGUGGAGACACUACUCUGCAAGUACAAAAUAAACUUGUAUUAAGUCUUUGA